AUGGCCGAUAACUUGACUCAGUCUCUGGAUGCGUUAUCCUUGAACAGAGAUGAGCCUGAUUCGCUACUAUUUACUCCCCACCACAACCAUGAUGCAUGGCUCGGAGAAACUUUCGAUCAAGUCCCACGGUAUCUGUUCUGCGUCUCAUUUGAAAAUAUUUCAGACGGUGAGACGACAAAUAUCUGGGCAAAGUCCAAGUACGCCAAACAUGGCACCUCCGGCCAAGAAAUAGAUAUUCUGAAAGGUGAUCGAGUGGGAAUGGCAUUUAUGCUCAACAACCAUCUUCGAUGGAAGAGGCGCACUUCCAGCAACCUCCUAUCAUGGACAAGUUCACUGCUCUUCGCUUUACAAUGUGUAUUCUACCGCUACCACCGGGACAAUGUACCUCUUAAAGAUAUCACCCUUUUCAUUGUUGAUACCACCAAGCUUCCACGGGGAGCUUUUGUGCGAGAUAUGGACCUCAUUACUAUAUUCAAGGAUUACAACGAUGAGUUACGCGGGUUGGAGAACCUUCGAACUGAAUUCAGGACUUUGAACGACUCGGAGUUUGGGUGUUGCUACUACUUCGGAGAAUAUCUUUCGCAGGGUGCAUUGAAGAUUGAAGGGAAAUGCAGCUUUACGACCGCACAGAACAUCAUUGACAUGGGAUUGUUUGAUCUCAUGCCGGAGUUCAAAGCUUCUUUUGAGAAGGACCUGGGCUUGGCAAAGAGAGUGCUCGAAUUGAGGGGAUGCUUCGGUCAGAAUCCAGUGGAAAGGGAUAUUGCAAGACAACUUCCCUUUGCGGUUUCGAUUGGGAAUUUGUUCGGUCGUGGAUGGCAGUUACCUGUCGCGGCUAAUUUGAUGGGGCUGCAACGUCGUUCAGAAGAAGACGUUGAUGUCAUCUGUGAGGCACUCAUCAAGGUUGCUACUGGUAAGGUUAAGAUGCUGUUUAUAUUUAACAUCAUACUAACGUUUUAA